UUUCACACAUCACGCCUGAGGCCAGGCGCAAGGUGUCACCUGGUGCCAGACAGCUCGUUUGGGAGCGAGCCUCAGGUAAACGCACCAAUGCCUCAGACGGAUAAGCAAAUAUGCAUUCCCCCGGAGCUGCCAGAAUUGCUGAAGCAAUUUGCCAAAGCCGCCAUUCUGACCCAGCCGCCGGACCUCGUCCAGUGGGCUGCCGAAUAUUUUGGAGCUUUGUCCCGCGGAGAGAUUCCUCUGGUGAGAGAGCAGUCUGAGCCGGUGAGAGAGCAGUCUGAGCCGGUGAGAGAGCAGUCUGAGCGAGUUGCUUUGUCUAACUGGGCAGAGCUUACACCAGAGCUGUUGAAGAUGCUGCAUUCCAGGGUUGGUGGCAGACUGAUUAUCCAUGUCAAUGAGCUGGCCCAGAUGUGGAAGGUGCUGAAUCUCCCGACAGAUCUGCUUAACAGUGUGAUGAAUGUGGGCCGCUUCACAGAGGAGAUUGAGUGGCUGAAGUUUUUAGUCCUUGCUUGCAGCUCUCUUGGUGUAACCAUUUCCAAAAGUCUGAAGAUAGUGUGUGAAGUGUUAUCAUCUGACCAUGAUGGUGGACCUCCCCGGAUCCCUUUUAGUACCUUCCAGUUUCUCUACACAUACAUUGCUGGGGUGGAUGGGGAGAUCUCUGCAUCACAUGUCAGCCGAAUGCUGACCUACAUUGAACAGGAAGUAAUUGGUCCUGAUGGCUUAAUCAAGGUGAGUGACUUUACCCAAAACCCCAGGGUUCGACUGGAGUAAAAUCACGAUUUUGGCAAUUUUAGAAGAAGAUACAGAGAUGACUGCACUUCAGCAUGACUGAACCCCGUACACCAUCCAAUGUCCAUCCCCUUGUACAACUGGUACGCACUAAUAAACAGCUAGGCAAACAUAUGAAAU